AAUUGCACACUUUGUCUUGGAGCGCGCACCGAAGUAGACGUGAAGUUUAAUUUUCGUCGUGAGAAUCGUAAUUAUAUUCGACGCAACAAUGAGUUCAAAUCAAUCAUCAAUUGACCAAAAUGGAUUUGGAUCUAAAGUAGCUUUAAUAACUGGUAUUACGGGACAGGAUGGUUCGUAUUUAGCCGAAUUCCUGCUGGAUAAAGGCUACACUGUGCAUGGAAUAAUCAGAAGAUCGAGUUCAUUCAACACAGGUCGCAUUGAGCACUUGUACGCCGAUUCAAAGAGUCAUCGUGAGGGAAAAAUGAAGCUACAUUACGGCGAUAUGACCGAUAGCAGCAGUUUGGUGAAAGUAAUUGCAGCAGUGAAACCAGAUGAGAUAUAUAACUUGGCUGCGCAAAGUCAUGUUCAAGUGUCGUUUCAAUUGAGCGAAUACACCGCUGAGGUGGAUGCUGUUGGAACCUACCGUUUGUUAGAUGCGAUUCGAACAUGUGAACUGGAGAAAAAGGUGAAAUUCUAUCAGGCCAGUACGUCGGAGCUCUAUGGAAAAGUAGUUGAAACACCACAAAGUGAAACCACACCAUUUUAUCCACGAUCACCAUAUGCUUGUGCAAAAAUCUGCGCCUACUGGAUUGUAAUUAACUACCGUGAAGCAUAUGACAUGUUUACAUGCAAUGGAAUCCUUUUUAAUCAUGAAAGUCCACGUCGAGGCGAGAAUUUUGUAACUCGCAAAAUUACGCGGUCGGUAGCCAAAAUCCAUUUGAAUCAAUUGGAAUGCUUUGAAUUGGGAAAUUUGGAUUCGAAACGUGAUUGGGGCCACGCAAAAGACUAUGUCGAGGCAAUGUGGUUGAUGCUACAGCAAAAAGAACCACAGGACUUUGUGGUGGCCACAGGUGAAACGCACACUGUACGUGAAUUUGUUGAAGCCUCUUUUGCGGUCAUCGGCCGAAAAAUUGAAUGGUGCGGUGAAGGUGUGAAUGAAGUGGGUGUUGAAGCUGGAACGGAUAUCGUUCGAAUUAAGGUUAAUCCGAAAUACUUCCGUCCCACCGAAGUUGAUCUACUGCUCGGAAACCCAGAGAAGGCACAACGUGAACUUGGAUGGAAGAGAAAAGUAUCGUUUUUGGACCUAGUUGAUGAUAUGGUCACUUCAGAUAUUAAGCUGAUGAGAAACAAUCCAAAUGCCUAAUUCAGAAAAUCUGUUUUGAAGCAAAUAUGUUUGACAUAUUUGGCCACGUUGUGAACCGUUGACAUGGUCUAUAUCACUUUAUCACAUAUUCAUACAUUCCGCUAUUGUAACCCGAUAAAACAAUUAUGGCGAAUUAUUUAAAUUAACACAAACGCAUUUAUUUACUUUUUCUUCGAUCAUAUUUGUUUUAACCGUGAAUUUGAAGUAAAAAAAGGUUCAAUUUGAAAAUAAAUCUAAAUAAAAAACAAACAACGGAAUUUAUUUGAUACACAUGAGCUUCAUAUUCUAUUUAUAAGAAUUGUACUGUUGAUGACAAACUGUAACUUUUGAAGAAUGAAUAUUAUAAUAUUAUAACAUAUUUGCACGGAGUUUUGAAUGCAUGGCGAAAUUGUUGUCAAUUAAAUAAAACGUGCUUUAUACU